AGCUGACAACAACGCGCUGGAUCAUGUGAUAACCGCUUCCUCAAAUGUGUGAUCAGAUGUGGUUUGUAUUAUUUUCAAAGCAGAGCAUAGGCGACACCCUUGAGGCACUAACCGAACGCUGCUUUGCAAGCUGUAAAAAAAAAUAAAAAUAACCCAGAAUGCGAUUUGCAGUAGCAUUGUGUGUGCUGGCGCUCUUUGUGGCCACCCUGGCCCUGGACAAUGGUCUGAUGAGGACCCCUCCUAUGGGCUGGUUGGCAUGGGAACGCUUCCGCUGUGACAUCGACUGUCAGAACGACCCCAAGAACUGCAUCAGUGAGGUUCUGUUCCGGGACAUGGCAGACAGGCUGGCCGAGGAUGGCUGGAGGGAGCUGGGAUAUGUCUACGUCAACAUAGACGAUUGCUGGGCCUCCAAGGACAGAGACAGUAAUGGACGCCUGCAGGCUGACCCUAAGCGGUUCCCAAGUGGGAUCCCCAACCUGGCGAGCUACAUCCAUGACCGGGGGCUGAAGCUGGGUAUCUAUGGGGACAUGGGCACACUCACAUGUGGAGGGUACCCUGGGACCCCCCUGGACAAGAUCACUAUAGACGCUCAGACUUUCGCUGACUGGAAAGUGGACAUGCUGAAGUUUGACGGCUGCUACUCCAACGCUACGGAGCAGGAGCAGGGCUACCCUGCCAUGUCAAAGGCUCUGAACGCUACCGGACGCCCCAUUGGCUACUCAUGCAGUUGGCCAGCCUACCAGGGUGGACUCCCACCCAAGGUGAACUACACCCAACUGGGAGAGAUCUGUAACCUGUGGCGUAACUAUGGUGACAUAGAGGACUCGUGGAAUAGUGUGCUGAGCAUUGCUGAUUGGUUCUUCAACAACCAAGACGUCCUGCAGCCUGCAGCUGGACCCGGCCGGUGGAAUGACCCUGACAUGCUGGUGGUCGGGGACUUCGGGCUGAGCAUGGAUCAGUCUCGGUCUCAGAUGGCUCUGUGGGCCAUCAUGGCUGCUCCUCUCUUCAUGUCCAACGACCUGAGGACCAUUAGUAGCGGGGCACGCACCAUCCUGCAGAACAAGGUGGCCAUCGGCAUCAACCAGGACCCCAUGGGCGUCCAGGGUAGACGCCUGAUCAAGGAGAAGAGCGGUAUUGAGGUGUUCUGGCGCCCUCUGUCUGAUAAGGCCAGUGCUCUAGUGUUCUUCAGUCGUCGUACUGACAUGCCUUACCGCUACCAGGCCUCCCUGGGACAACUCAACUACACCACUGGCAGCUACAAGAUCUAUGAUGUGUUUGCGGAGCGGGAAAUGCCCACACUGAAGGACUCCACAAACUUUGUUGUGUCCAUCAACCCCUCGGGUGUGGUCAUGUGGUAUAUCUCAGCCCCUGCUGACCAGGACGAGAACACCCACAUCGGGGGAAAGCUCAGGGGACCCGCCUUCCAUCGCCACGCCAACGGUAUCUCACCCAUUGUACUGUAACCUUCCCCUUUGUCUUUGAUGUCUCCUUAAGAUGAUACCUGUUUUCUCCCAGCUCUACUUUUUCACUAAUCCAACAUAAUAUAAGCCAUUUAGCAGACUUUUUAAUCCAAAGCGAUUUAGUCAUGCGUGCUUACAUUUUACGUAUGGGUAAUCCCGGGAACAUUCUCAUCAAUGAAUACCUCAAGGAAGGGAGCAAAGUAGUUCUUUCCUGAAUGGACAGAGCAAAUGCUAUUUUAAUGUUGUUCCACAAAGAUGACAGUUGUCUCCCUGAGAUGACAUCACUCUACUCAGGAAUGUUCUGAUUAUGCAAUCGACAGUAACCAUGAUGAUGCUGGUCACUGCCACUGCACUGUAGUUUUUUAUUUUCGCAAGUUUUAAUUUAAAAGGUACUCCUAUUUUCAUUGCACUAGUUUUUAAUGUUCUGGAUUUAAGGGCUCUGGUGGGAAAUGUUUUCAAGGAAUAUCAGGAAAUUAUCAGAUAGCUUAUUUUAAAUGAUUGAUGCUGUGAAUGAUUUUUGUAUUUUCUUAAGUGUUCAAAAACCAAUAAACACUUUUUUUCCCAGUG